CCGUUUUUCUUGCACGCUUUGCUUUAGGACGGAAGAGUGGCCAUCAGCAAGGUUGCCAACCUGCUUCUGUGCAUCUACGCCAAGGAGACCGUUGGAUUUGGUCUCCUGAAAGCAAAGAUCAAAGCACUUACGGACUACCUACAAGACCCACUCGUCCAAGUUGCGGUUUCCUGAUGAUGGCCAACAGGGGGAAAUUCAACAGGCGGUCCCUGAAAAUGGAAGACAGGUGUUCUCAUCACAGGCUAUGUGCUCCAAAUCCUCGUCCCGGACAGCAAGAAUUUCUUUGCAUAUUCUCAAACUUGCAUCACUGAGACAGACGUUAUGAAGAAGCAAUUGAGCGUAAACAAAGGUUUGAAAUACAUUUUGGGAUGACCAAAAUGAACUAAAAUUCCUGACUUCAAAAGUGUAAUCAUAAGAUGCCAUAACUUCGAUAUUUGUUCCCCUCCAACUAGAAAUCCUGCUAUAUUUGCGUUGUUACUUGUAAUUUGCAUCACACAUUACGUUCCAGAAUAUUCUACAUCGAUAUUGUAAUUCCAUAGAUAUAGUAAGUACAUGAACUAAAGUUAGCAACCUUUUCAAGUGUUCCGUACAUUUUUUUUUAUAUAAAACCUGCCUUGCUGAAUGCAGUGGAUUGCAACAGUGGUGAAAAGUUUGUUGCUUUCAGCUAUGGCCGGCGCACUGCACAGCGCUAACAAAGUCCGCCUGUAAGUUUAGAUGCAUUCUGUUGCAUUUAGCAGGGCGCACUUGUCAUUUUGGCUGUCUUUUUUUUUAUAUAUGUAUAACAGCUUUAGCGAACAAUGGUUCAUGAGGCACGAUAAAUUGUAUCAACUCCAAUAUAGACUGUAAAGCACCGUAAGUGAUUACCUCAUGGCCCAGUCAGUGAUUCACAGCGGCAUAAACUGAAAACAAUAUUCUUGAAUAAGUCUAAUUGUACAAGUGAAAUUGUGGAACAUUCUAAACAUGAGGGAAAACGUUGGAGAGCCCGGCCGAUGAAUGCCAGCUAACCAGAGCUCUCCUUGCAAGGGAGUGGCCUCCGAUUGCAGCAGGUGCUUAUGCACUCUAGACUGAAAUGAUUGGACCCCGUUGUCUUCAAGUAACCCUACCUGACCUCAGGUGUUGCAUUCUGUUGCAUUCAGCAGAGUGCUCAUUUCAGCUGCGUUGCAUUCUGUUGCAGUCAGCAUGGUGUUCAUUUCAGCUGCGUUGCAUUCUGUUGCAGUCAGCAUGGUGUUCAUUUCAGCUGGGUUGCAUUCAGCAGGGUUGUCGUUUUGGCUGUUGCAUUCAGCAGGCUUACAAGAGAGAAGUAUUCACACUUGCAGUAAACAUAGCAAAUCUCUGUCACAGAAACAGGAGGUUCUGCUAAAUUGAGGAAGUCGCAGGUUCGACCCAGCCUGAGUUACUUGUCCACAGGGCCUGAUCUUCCCAGAAAGUUACACUUUGUUGAAUGUGCCUCUGAUUUUGCCGAUUUAUAACAUUUCAGAAUGCUGCUUAGCCAAAGUGCUUAGGGAGUACAUGUCAAUGUUAACAGGGUUGACCACUAUAAUGCACUUGUCUGUCUUGUUCAUGUAUGUAGAUACUGCAGUGACUGUUAGUAGUGUAAAUAUUGCCUUAACUCCUUCAUGGCGGAAUUAUUUUGACCGUGACUGCUGGGCUGUGGUAUGCCAUGAAUGGAGGGCUUUGUCCAGCAGCAGGCCCCACAUUGAACCAGCAGCUGCGUGGUGAAUAGACUGUGGUAUGCACUAAUCCUCACACAAAGGUAGUAGCGGUCAUCCCUAGCGAAGGGUUAAUUUACACCAUUACAAGACAAUGUCACAUUGGUAACUUCUUUAAGGCAAUACAUUGAAAGUAAGGUACAGUGUAUUUAGCUUAUGUUUGUUCUCAUUGACAAUGACCAUUGUUUAAUCAUGUGUUUAUCAAUGCAUUAAAGGAAUUAAAUAACAAAAUGAAUAGAAGGGUGAAGUAGUGCUUGUACUCGCUCUAAUGCGUGAGAAAUUACAUAUUUCGUUACUGUACGGCACAGUGUAAUAUUGUACUCUUGUCCUAUUUGGGACUUGAAUCUGUUUCCUUGCCGUCAUAAUUGGGAAGAGAAACUGAGAAUGAGGUACCCUGGGAAAUGUGAGUCUGUUUUAUGUUUUAUUUACACUUGUGGGAGCAAUUAAAAAUUUUCUGUUUGGGUCAGGGAUGGUGUCUGAUUUUAACUUAACUCAAAAUAGUUUAAUUUUUAUUUACUGAUAUUUCAGUUUGUUUCUUUCUUUCCCUGUCAUGUUUUAUUUUGUUGUAUUUGUUUAACCGGCAAAUUGCCUAUAUGAAAUAUAUUGAAACAGGUGCCUAUUGAGCCAAACCCUAUCCGGCUGUUCUUUGAAAAACACCAAUUAAAUUUAUCUGUCGACAAGCAACGGGGGCGUCUGACCGUGACAUCGGGCCGACAACACGCUCGCUUUCCGCCUGGCGCGGUCCGCUAUUGUGUUCUAGCGCCCUCUGUUGCUUGCGUCCGUAGACGCUUCCGUGCCCGACAGUUGACUUGGAAGGGACUUGGAACUACUUUAUCUUCAGGGCACGUUUUCGCACGUUUUGUAAUGUUUAAUGUUCUGGGUGUGCUGCUCGCGUGUAUUGGUAUUAUUAUUAAAACCCGGAAGUGAAACACUUAAAUCGGAGACUAUAAAUCACUGAGUCCUGUGGUUCUUCGCCCGGCAAAUUUACUACCAUUAUCACACCUCAUUUUGGCAAUGAUCUCGGAGUACGGUGCUUGCCCGGGAUAUUCUCAAGUGCAGAAACGGAAUACAUGUAAUAUUAAAACUUGCCGCAUGAACAUGACAUGAGGAAGCUCGUGCGCAGUUAGGCUGCUGCAUGCACCGUGCACGUGUGUUCUUUGACACCGCACUGCACUCGAUCGACACUCAUCAACACCUGAUCAAUGUCUACAGCGGCUGAUUUAGAAAUGGAGGAGGAAAAUCAGCGGAUAUUGCUGGAAAUCCACCGCGAGCAGUUGUGCAGCCAGAUCAACACUCGCCGCCUUCUGGACAGAAUGCGAAGUCAGCGCGUCUUCACCAAGGACGAGUGUGAGGAGAUUCUGAACGAGAUGGUGAAUCCAAACUCCUCCACAAAAGCAGGUUCCUUUCUGGACCACCUUCAGAGAAAAGGCCAAUAUGGCUACCGUGUCUUCUUGCAAGUCCUUGGAGAGAUGUAUCCGGAGUCAUAUGAGUCACUCACUGGCCACCUACCUGAAGCACCCAGCAUCGAUCCGACCAGCACAUUACGCAGCGUUGGUUACACAUUGCCAAAUAAGGUGGGUGAUGUGAUUGGGGAUCUGACGCAAGAGGCAGAGGAGCUUCACCGGAAACUGGAUUUCUGCAAUCAGGCGAGAACUGAUCAAGAGCGGAAGAUUCAGAGUUUGACCGAAGCUCUGGAGGUUGCCACAAAGAAGGCGGGGAUGUACGACAAGCUAAAGAAGGCAAAAAGACGGGCAGAAAAUAAAGUCAGUGUGCUAGAGGAUGACAUCAGAACUAUAUUAGGAAACUCACUGCGACACAAGGAGGAAAGAGACCAAGCCAUGGCCAGUCUGAGAGAGAGAAUGAAGGAUUUCCACGAGCUUCAGAGGCGUCUGCAGCAAGCAGAGGAUCAGGCAGAGGUCCGUCGGCAGAUAUGGCACAAGACCUGCAUGGACAAACAGCAGCUGAAGGUGGACCGAGAGGAGAUGCUACAGCGGAUGUCCACCAUGCAGGAAGAACUCAAACUAGCCAAGAGAAACGAGGAUGUUAGGAAAUCUAUCAACAUGUCUUCAAAUGAUUCUGGGCGAGACGAACAUGUUCAAGCGACUAUUAACAUCUUGGAGGAGGAACUCCAAGACUAUAAAGAGAAGUCCGAGGAAUUGGCAGACAGCCUGCUGCAGGCCAGGAACGAACUGCACUGGCGUGAUACAGAACUUGAAAAGUGUAAAUCUGAAAAUGAAGAACUGAAACAAAAGGAAAGCAGUGUUGUCAAGAUGACCGAGUUAUUCAAGACACAGUAUAAUGUCACCUGGCAGGAACUCAUAAGGGUGAAACAGCAGCGGAACAAGGCUAUUGACGAGAGAGAUCAAGCACAGAUGGAUGCUAAGGCCCAUCUUGCUGAGUUGCACAAGCAGCAAGAGUUGAUACAUGCACAGCUACAAAACCUGCAAGGCAUUCAUCUGUGUCCACAGUGCUCUAUUGGUACAACGCAACAGGUACAAACCUACUUGAACACUGAGCCACUGACGGAGAACUGCAGGAUGGACGCACCCAUGGAGUACACUGGCACCAUCUCACCAGACUUGGAAGAAGAUUCCCCGUCACCCUCCCCUGACCUCGCUCCCCGGCCGCGAAGUCGCGCAAACGCCAUAGCCCGGGAGGCCAAGAUCACCGACAAAGUGAUUUACAACGAAAACACCUUCCCCCAGGAAUUCUUCUCCUACGCGCCGGGCACCACUGCAAACGGCGAGUCUACAGCUGGGUAUCCAUGGUUGCAGCGUCAUCAUUCCGAUACGAUUGGAGACUCGAGGAAAGUUCAUCCAGGAUCAGUCAAGAUGCCUCAUCUGCUCAGCUUGUUCAAUGACUCCUAUGAAAUUGACGACGAAGACAGUGACACUGACUCCAGUGACAUAGAAAGUGGUGAUGAGCAACCUAAGAAGGGCAGACUUCAGGAGCUUACUUCAUACGUGUACAACCGAUCUCAAUCAUGUGACAACCUUCUCUACAGCAAGCCACCAUCGGAUACACAUGGACGAUCUUCCAAACGCCAACAAACAAGCUCUCAAGGAAGUGACGGUAAAGAUCUUGACAAGAGUGGCACAGAAAACAGUGCUCGGCAAGCCAAAAAAGGCAGACUUGAAGAGCUCUCAUCAAGUCUGUAUCGGCGGUCACAGUCUUGGGACAACCUUGUGUACAGCAAACCAACAUCGGAUACAAUGCAGGACACAUGAGGGAGGUCUCCCACGCACCAACAAACCAGAUAUUUGACGUCGGACCUCAGAAGCCACCAACUUUCAGCUUAGUGCAGUCCAUUUGUCACCAGGCUUUCCAGAAGUACACAGACCUGAUGAGGCUGUCAAAUUUAAAACAACCACAAUGCACCAAUGUUAUAUAAUAAGAGAUUUAACCUGUUGACAACCACUGUCAUAAUCUUUGAAUCCCGUUUUUGUAGCUAUGAGUCCUACAGGGACAUCUGAAAGAUCAUAAGUGCCACAAUGGGCAAUUUCUUUCAGCAAUAACUUGCCACAGUUUGGAUGAAAAUCUUUUUUCUGUGAUCCAUCUACAUCUUUGUUAUAUGUAAGAAGCAAGUAGUGAAACACCAUUUUUUACCUUCUUAUGGGGGUACCCCAUCCUGUGAAAGCUGAUCAUUUGAGGACUUCACAGUGAAGGCAUUGUGAUUGGGCUAGGGGUGUUCCAAGCUGGGGAUAGCUGGUAGUUUUUUUCAGCAUGUAGUCGACCAGAGAUCACCCAGCCAGCAAUGCAACAAAGCUAGACAAACCAUAGCUGGCCAGUCCUGGACUAGCUAGGCCAAGUGUUGCCAAAUCUGGUUGGCCCAAGGCUGGUAGCCAUUUUGAGCCUGCUUAUGGCUUGUGGAGAGCUGGGUCCACAGCUGUGGCCAGUGUUGGAAUAGACCUCUAUCAUGGAGCAGCCAUCUUGUUUUUUUGCCAUUUAAAACAAUGUAGCCAAACUGAGGCUGGAAGGAAAAAUGGUCUGUUCUCUUUUAUCAAUAUAUGAAGUUGUAUUACUGUUUCCAAAGGGGCUUCAGGGAAAAAGACAAACAUGGCAGCAUCUUGAUAAUGGUUUAUAGCAGCCCCAGAGACCCGGACCAAGGCUGUUUUCCAAUACUCAACUUGGGCUCCGUCUCAGGCUUCAACUGUUUUUUCACUACCUGACUUUGAAGCUG